AUGCUCGCCUUUAGCUUGACCACGCCUCCCAGCGGCCUCCUAUCUCAACCUCUCUUACACGCCCGCUCCCCGCUCUGCCCAUCCAUACCCUUUCGCACCCGUGUCUCCCAUGGUCAAUCCACCUUCACACAUUCCAUCAAAACCCCAUCCCUUCCCCGUCACUCGCCGCAUCAUGGCCCCACCAUGGAAGUAGCCACGCACCACGUCCCCACCCUGUAUCACGUCCCCUGGUUCUGUUCUUCCGUCCCCUAUCAACUUGUUCUUGAGCUCGCCAUCCCACCCACGUCCCUCGACGUCAUCACCAUCACCGAGGCCCAGCUUCGCACCUCGUCCGAAAUUGAGUUUCUCUCCCCGCGCCGCCUCGUACCCUUUAUCGCCUUUCCUGACGGCUCCGUCUUGCUAGAACUCGGCGCAAUCGUCUUGUACAUGUGCGAGACCUUUGACACAGAGCACACACUGCACCCGCCCCCUGGCGACCCGCGACGCCCGCGCUUUUUUCAGGGCGUCGUGUAUGCCGUGGCAGAGGCUUACCGCGCCGUCAUGGACGUGUUCCGCGAAACAUUUGGAAAGGCGGACAGCGGUAUCAACAAGCCAGUCGUUGCCAAACUGCGCGAUAGGUUUUCUAUCGUCGUGGUUGAGCACCUUGUCUUGGAGCUUGAAGAACAGGGAAGGAUGUAUUAUCUUGGUGAUGAAUUCUCAGCCGUCGACAUCUUGUUUGGAUAUAUACUAAUGACGGCCAAGUGCACAGAUGCCGGUUUGUUGGAAAACGAGUUUGUGAGGGAAUAUCACGAUCGAAUUGUCGAGAGGCCGGCGUACAAAGAACUGUUUUCACGGGCAUCCGUUAGGUGA